GCUGAAUGCAACCAUUUUCGCCGCCAGUGAUAUAUUCAAAGGAGAGCCUGAGAAGCUCUGACUAGGGCAGCCUAGCCAUUGAGCAAACUACUAGAAGAGCUGACUCGGAACCAUUUUCAUUUUCAAGUUCCUCUGACGUCGUAGUGAUAGCAAGGAGUCCAGCCCCUCAUAACCCAUACAAGCUCCAACGAAGACUCGUCAGCUAGAGCCUCGACUACCCCUCAUCAAGCUCAACUCCACCCCAACUUCCAGGCCACGGAUCCCUUCUGCCUUGGACGCUCGGAGACAAUUCGGGCACUUGUUACUGUAGCACAAUCUGCGUUUUAAUUAUGUAGGGGACCGUCCCAGGCCAACCACAGCGCGACACACCGCCGCGAAUCGCAUCUCAGGACCGUCAACAUGACAUCGGCCAACAACACCCGCUUCAGCGCCGAAGCGCUGACAUGGGACUCCAACCCGGACGUGCAACUCGCCACGGCCCUCGCGCACAAAGCCUACCUCGCCCACCUUCCCCCCGCACCCACCCUCUCCACCUACAACGUCCUGGACCUAGGCUGCGGCACCGGCCUCCUCUCGCUGGCCCUCGCCCCCUCGGUCCUCUCCGUCACGGCAGUUGACGCAGCGGAGGGCAUGAUCGCCGCGCUGGAAUCCAAGCUCGCCUCCCCAGAUACUAACAACAACAACAUCAACAACACUCCCAGAAAUGUCCUCCCCGUCUGCGCCCUCCUGCAGGACCCAGACGACCCGCGCCUCGCGACCGACCCGGCAACGGGAGAAACCGUACCUACGGGGCGACGGUUCGACCUGGUCGUGUCGCACCUCGUGCUGCAUCAUAUCCCCGACCUUCCUGCGCUGCUCAAAACGAUCCACGGGUGUCUUGUGCCCGGGGGCAGGGUGAUGGUGACGGACUUUGAAGACACGGGGCCUGAGGCGAGGCGGUUCCAUCCCGAGGGCAAGAUGGACGGGGUGGAGCGGCAUGGGAUCACGGAAGGGGAGAUGAGGAGGGUGAUGGAGGGGGCUGGGUUUGCGGAGGUGAGGGUUGAGCGGGCGUUUGAGAUGGGGAAGAAGGUUGAGACGGAGCCGGGAAGCGGGGUUCUGGGACCGGUGGUGGUGUUUCCUUUUUUGAUUUGUGAGGGGACAAAAGGGUGAUUUGGGAGGGAACGCCUCAGCGUGGUUGCUGCCCGAGUCGAGAUACCUGUACUAAAGCACGUGGAACGGGGCAUCAUGCAACACUGAAGAGACCAAGUCGAUCCAAGGCUAGCAAGAGUCCUGCUCAAACCAGCCCCCAUAUCUGCUUACCCGUCCUCUUUUCUUGAACAGUUCCAGCCAGCGGAACUAAACCAAUACCCCUCUAAGCCUUAGCCACCCCCCCUUAUCAGCCCUCGGACCAGCCCAGGUACCCCUCUCCUCAC